GGAAGACGGAAAGCAUGGUGUGCCUGAGCUCAGGAAAGGGACGACAGAAUUUGGAGUUGAAUCUGCUCAGGCGUUAGCAGAGACACCUCCCUGGGUCCUUUCCACGGCGUGCGUGUGCGGCAGGCUGACCCUACUCGCUCCCCGCCGAUGCUGCCGGUGUCCCUGCUCCCUGGUUCAUGGUUUUCUGCCGUUUCUUGGCAAAAAUGGCAACCAGUGAUGCUGUUCUGAAGAGACUAGAGAGGAAGGGUGCAGAGGCAGAUGAAAUUAUUGAAUAUCUUAAGCAGCAAGUUGCUCUUCUUAAAGAGAAAGCAAUUUUGCAGGCAACGUUGAGGGAAGAGAAGAAACUUCGAGUUGAAAAUGCUAAACUGAAGAAAGAAAUUGAAGAAUUGAAACAAGAGUUAAUUCAAGCAGAAAUUCAAAAUGGAGUGAAACAAAUACCAUUCCCAUCUGGUACUCUACUGCAAGCUAAUUCUACAGUUUCUAAAAAUGUGAUACAGUCUACACCAUUAACAACUGUAUCCUCUGGUGCUCAAGAACAGAUAAAAGGAAGAGGAGGAGAAGAAAAGGUGAAAGAGAAAACUGAAAAGAAAGGAGAGAAAAAGGAGAAAAAGCAGCAGGCAGUAGCAGGAGGUGACAACUCUAAGCCAAUAGAUGUUUCCCGUCUCGAUCUUCGAAUUGGUUGUAUCAUCACUGCCAGAAAACACCCUGAUGCAGAUUCUUUGUAUGUAGAAGAAGUAGAUAUUGGAGAACCAGCCCCAAGAACAGUUGUCAGUGGCCUGGUGAAUCAUGUUCCUCUUGAACAGAUGCAAAAUCGGAUGGUGAUCUUACUUUGUAACCUAAAACCUGCAAAGAUGAGGGGAGUACUAUCUCAGGCAAUGGUGAUGUGUGCUAGUUCACCAGAGAAAGUUGAAAUCUUGGCACCUCCUACUGGGUCUGUUCCUGGAGACAGGGUUACUUUUGAUGCUUUUCCUGGAGAGCCUGACAAGGAGCUGAAUACUAAGAAGAGGAUUUGGGAGCAGAUCCAGUCUGAUCUUUACACCAAUGAGGAGUGUGUGGCCACGUAUAAAGGAGCUCCCUUUGAGGUGAAAGGGAAGGGAGUGUGUAGGGCUCAAACUAUGACCAACAGUGGAAUAAAAUAAAAUAAAAUGUCUCAUUUACUGAAAUAUAUUGGAAAAAAUUUAAUAACAAUAAAAAGAAAUGUAUUUGUCACUUGUACCUAAAA